GAGGAAACUUAGACUGAAAGGUUCAAAGCUCUUCUCUAUGCUCUUUCAUCUUCUCCGAACAGAAUCAGCACUUUCCUUUGCUCAGACUUACGCUGCUGUGCUACCCUUUCCAUCUUUGCUCUGUAUUUCACAUCCAAAUUGCGUUCACAUCUCCAUGCUCUUCAGACAUCAACGGCGUCCUGUUAAUUCAGUGUGACAUUCACAUCCUCAUUCAUAAAGUCACCAUUUUGGCUCAGCUCUCUGCUCUGUUUUGUUUGCUCCUGGGGGUGUGAAUUGUAAACUUCAAGAGAUGGGUUUGCUCACAGGUUCCUCGGAGGAGUCUUGGAAGCCAUCCAUUACGAGCGACACGACUGCCCGGAGCUACUGGCUCAACUGGAGGGUCCUUCUCUGCGGUGUCUGGAUCAUUAUCGCGGUAUUCCUCGCAUCCAUUCUCAUCCGGAAGUACGAGCCUUUCUGCAGCAGGAGGAGUCGUGGUGGCGGAGAAACCGAGCAGGGGAAGGCAGAAAUCUUGUACGAUGAGGAGACGUUUAGUCCGUGUCUGAAAGGGGUCCAACCAGCCUGGCUGCUCGGGUUUCGGGCUCUUGCUUUCGCUCUACUCCUGCUGAUGCUCAUCGCCGCAGUUGUGGUUGAUGGACCGAGCAUAUACUACUACUACACUCAGUGGACUUGCACAUUGAUCACCAUUUACUUUGGGCUCGGUCUGUUGCUCUCGGUCCGUGGAUGUUUCAAGAAUCACAAUGCAGCAGGAGGCGAAAGGAUCAAUAACGUGGAGAUUGAUUCAGAACGAGGAAUAUCUGCAGCUUCCACACCUGCAGAGAAUUUCAUAAAAUCCAUUUCUUCAAAAGCCCCAGACCCGCAUAUAGACCAAGCUCGACAGACUUCGGGAUUCUGGGGAUACGCGCUUCAAAUACUUUUCCAGGUGAAUGCAGGAGCUGUGGUGCUCACGGACUGCGUGUUCUGGCUCAUAAUUGUCCCGUUUCUCAUGGAGAAACACUACCGCCUGAGCUUUUUGGAUAUCAAUAUGCAUACCAUCAACGUCGUUCUACUUCUAAUCGAUGCAGCUUUGAAUUGCCUGCGAUUCCCUUUGUUUCGGAUUGCAUACUUCUUCUCAUGGACGGUCUUCUUCGUGAUAUUCCAGUGGAUUCUCCAUGCCUGUGUUCCAAUCUGGUGGCCUUAUCCUUUUCUCGACUUGUCUUCUCGAUACGCUCCAAUAUGGUACUUGUCGGUGGCAUUGAUGCACCUCCCGUGCUACGGAGUGUUUGCUCUCGUGAUAAAGCUGAAGCAUUCUCUGCUGGCAAGAUGGUUCCUCCAGUCCUAUCAAUAUGCAAGGUAGCCCGGGAUGGACUUGCAGGUCGCGGAGAGAUUGAGUUCACCUUUGAGGUUCUUUACAUCACUCGAGUGAAGGAUACAGAAAUUAGGGAAUCGGUGAUUAUAUUUGUUAAAAAGCACGAUAUUUUUGUAACCCGAAAAACAAAUGAAAGAAAUCACGAUAAAGCAGAUAGGAGUAGCAGACGAGUUGUUCCGUUAAGGUCGAUUUGUGACGCUAAUUGUCGUUCGAGUUUCGACUUAUCUUUGGCCACGAGGUGCUUCGGAAACGUUCGGGUCAAA